AUGGCCAAAAAAAUAGAUGAAUUAUUUUCGAAGAAGGAAAGAUAUUUAAAAGAAAUAAUAGAAAGUAAUUGUAUAUAUGUAAAAGAUUUAAAUCACUGGGUUGGUACUAAUUAUAUAGCUCGACUGAAAUUAAAAAAAGAGCUAUUAAAAGUAACCCCCAAAUUGUUAAUAAACAAAACGCGUUCGAGAGCAAGCCGAUGUAGGGUGUGCGGUUUUUCUAUCGAAAAAGACAAUUUACGAAUUGGGUAUCCUACAAAAGAUCCGCGAGGUGAUUAUGGUUAUAUAAGUUGUUGGGUACACAUUGAAUGUAGUAAAAAAAUAUUGUAUUCAUGUUUGUAUAUUGAAGAGAAUGAGAAUGUUUUAAAAGGAUAUUUACAUGAGUAUAAGAAUCAUAAUUGUUCUGGAGAACAUUAUAAUAAAUAUGAAAUAUAUAUUUAUAAUAAUUUACAAUGGGAUUUAUUUUUUGGGGGUAUCGAAAAUAUAAACGAAGAAGAACUAUCUAAAUUAAAAGAGAUGGCAAAACCAUAUGAAAUAAAAAAUGAUUUGAAAUGUAGGAAUAGUUUUGAAAUGUUAAUAAAUGAAGAAAAUGAAAAAAUAAAUUCCUUAGAUUAUUUAAAUGUAGAAAAGAAAAUAACAAAUUAUAAUUUGAUUAUACCUAAAGAAUUAAAAUAUGAUUUAUUACAAUAUCAAAAAGAAGGCAUUUAUUGGAUGAUAAAUCAAGAAAUGUCUAAUGUGAAAGGUGGAAUAUUAGCUGAUGAGAUGGGUAUGGGGAAAACCAUACAAGCCAUUACAUUGAUAUUGUGUCAGAAGUUGAACAAGUUAAAGGAAAUAAAAAAAGACGAACGAAGUGAUGAUCAUGAUAAGGUUGGUUAUAAGAAUGAUGAUGAGGAGGAUGAGAAGAAGAAGAAAAAGAAAAAGAGUCAUAUGUUACAUGGUGAUAUUUAUAAAGAAGAUAUUCUAUCCUUUGAAGAAAGAGAUACAAAACAUGAAAAAUCGAUUAAAGAGAUAGAUAUAAAAAAAUCAUAUAAAAAUAGUAGCAGCAUAUUAUAUUGUAAAAAUUCCACAUCGGAUGAUUUGAAAGUAAAGGAAGAAUCAGAUUGUAGUGUUAUAUUAAUAGAAAGUGAUGAUACACAGAAUGAAAAAAUGAAUCAUAAAAAUGAUGUUAUGGCAGAAAAUAAGAUAGAUACUGAAAAUGUGUUAAAUGUGAAAAAAAUAAAGAAUAUAAAAAAGGAAUGUGUUAAUAAUAAAAAAAUAAAAAAUAAUAAUAAUAAUAAUAAUAAAUCAAAUUUUAAAAAGAAUGAUUUUAUUAACAAGUUAAAAGGGCAAACAUUGAUAAUUGCACCCGUUGCUGCUGUUAUGCAAUGGAAAUCUGAAAUAGAAAAAUUUGUUGAUGAGAAUAUUUUAAAUGUUUAUGUUUAUCACGGUAAUUCCAAAAUAAUAAGUGAUGAAGAAUUAAUUAAAUAUGAUAUUGUUAUAACAUCCUAUGCAGUUGUCGAAGUUAAUUUUAGAAAGAUUGUUAACAAACAUAAACAACCAUGUGAAUAUUGUGGAAGGUUAUAUCUACCAAAUAAUUUAGAUAUACAUAAGAAAUAUUUUUGUGGUCCUACAGCUGUUAGAACAGAAAAAUUGAAAAAGAGAAAAAAAAAAAAUAAGGACACAGCACUUGUUGCUAUGAAAAAGUUUGAUGAAACAUUUGUUCCGACACCCAGAAAUGUGCUAUUAGAAAUUAUGGCUAAUAGUAAGAAAGAAUUAGAAGAUGAAAAAAAAAAAAAUAUUGAAAUAUCUAAUAAAAGUCUAAAUCAUAAUAAUACUAAGAAAAAUAAAGGAAAAAAAAAUAAUCAAAUAAAACAAAGAAAUGCACAAAAAGAUAGUAAUAUAGAUGUUAUUGUAUUAUCAUCGGAUAGUUGUAAAGAAAAGAGCUCUUCUUCAGAAAAUUCGGUAUAUUCUCCACUGUCGAGAAAAACAUCGAGUAGAAUUAUUGACUUAAGUAAUUUAGGAUUUGAUAAAGAAACUAUGGAACAAGUUAUUGAAAGUUUAAGUGAAGGGGGAAAAAAAAAGAAAAACGUAAAAAAUGUAAAAAAUGUAAAUAGUGUAAAAAAUGUAAAAAGUGUAAAAAAUCAUCGAGAUGUUAAAUGGAAUGUAGUUAUUAAAAAUAUGUUAGAGAAUUUUUUGUAUAAUGUAGAUAUGAAUGACAAAUGUAAACAUGUGUUGAUUAAAAUAUAUGUAACAAACACAACAAUACAAAACACUGAGCUGGAAAAAUUAAAUAUGGGGGAACUCAAGGUUGUUCUAAUAACAAUGGGAAAGCAUAUAUUUGGUACCAAAGUUGAGUUAAUAAAUAGAAUAUUAGUAUCAGCAAAAUAUAUACGGAAAGAAUUAUAUGACGAGAAUACUGAGACAGAGGAAAAAGACACAUCAGGUGUUCAUAAUGAGGAUGGUGAUACAUCUAUGGGUGUUACUAAUCAAAAGGGAAAGGAUAAAUUUUGUAAAGAAAGGAAAAUUAAAAAAGAGGAUGAAAAAAGUAGCAUUGAGAAGAAAAGAAAAACGGUGGAUGUUAUAAGUGUGGGUGGGGACGUAAAAAGGGAUAUGUCAUUAAAUAAGAGGAGGAAUACGACAAAUCGAGGGACGACGAUGAAGAUUAAAGGGGAAACGAGAGAAUAUGCAUCAAAUAAAGGAAAGAAUAAUAAUGAUGAUGAUAAUAAUAAUUCUUAUUAUAGCGAUGCAAAGAGUUAUACAAGUGAGAGUAGCGAUGAAUCCUAUCAAGGUGAUAUAUGCUCGAAAAAAAAAGAACCCAAAAAAAAUACAAAGAGUAUUAGAAGAAGCCAAAGGAAGAGUUAUUGUAAGAGCUCUUUAGAAAGUGAAAAAAAGGAGGAAUCCGAUAAUUCAUAUAAUACUAAUGAUUAUAAUGAUUGUGACGAUUGUGACGAUUGUGAUGAUUAUAAUAAUUGUGAUGAUAAUAAUUAUUGUGAUGAUUGUGAUGAUUCGUCAAAUUCGUUUGAUUCGUAUGAUUCCAUUAUUGUUCGAAAGUCGAAGAUGAGUAAGGAAAAGAAAAAAAGAGAGAAUAUGAAAAUUUUUGAUGAAAGUGCGUUACAUCAGAUAUAUUGGAAUCGUAUUAUUUUAGAUGAAGCACAUCGAAUUAAGAAUAGGAAUACAUCUACUACCCAAUCUAUAUUGAAUUUAAAAUGUUGUGGUUAUAGAUGGUGUUUAACGGGAACACCGUUACAGAAUCGGAUUUCUGAAUUGUAUAGUUUAAUAAGAUUUAUUGAAUUUUAUCCAUAUGCUUAUUAUUUUUGUUCAAAAAAGGAUUGUAAAUGUUUAUUAUUAAAUUAUGAGAUGCGAGAUAACAAAUAUUGUUAUUUUUGUAAUCAUUCUAGGAUAAAUCAUUUUAAUUAUUUUAAUAAAAGAAUUUUAAAACCUAUACAAUCUUUUGGAUAUAGAGGGGAAGGAUUAAGUGGUAUGUCUUAUUUAAAGAAUGAAGUGUUAGAUAAAAUAUUAUUACGUAGAACUAAAGGUGAAAGGAAGAGUGAUAUUAAUUUAAAACCUUUGAUUAUAAAAAUAAGAAAGGAUAAAUUAUCAAAAGAAGAAAAAGAUUUUUAUGAAUCUUUAUAUAAACAAACAUCAACACAAUUUAAUACAUAUGUGAAUUCAAAUACUGUUUUACAUAAUUAUGCACAUAUUUUUGAUUUGUUAAGUAGAUUGAGACAAGCAGCUGACCAUCCUUAUUUAAUUAUAUUUGGUAACUCCUUUUUAAGUGAUCCUUCUGGUAAAUUUAUAAAGAAAAAUACAACAAUAAUUCCAGCUAUUUCAAAUGAUUAUGUAUGUGGUAUAUGUUUAGAAAAUGUUCAGAAAAGAAAUAAUAUAAGCACAAAAUGUAAUCAUAAUUUCCACAAAUCAUGUUUAAAACAAUAUAUAGAAAGUUUUGAGAUGGAAAAUGCUGAUCAGCAAGAAGAGGAAAAGGAGGAUUCUAAUUUUAAAAAUAGUAAUAUGAUAAAGUACAACACCUAUGAUAUUGGUCAACGUGAAGGUAUGAAUAAUGUAAAAUCUACAAAUAGUUGUAAGUACGAUAUUGUAAUAAAUGAUGAUAUCCAUAACAAUAUAAAUAAAUUAGAAACACAUGAGAAUGAUAAUUUGAUUACUAGUAAGGAUCUAUUGAAAAAUAAGAAAAGCUUAGAAAAGAAAUCUAAAUCUAUAUCUGUUGUGAAGUUUAAAAAUAAAGAUGGAUAUAUUAAUUUGUUAAGUAAUGAUGAAAAUGUAAAAGAUUAUCCUUUAGGAUGUCCUGUGUGUUAUAUCCCGUUAACAGUUGAUUUUAAUCUUCUCGUAGAUAAAGAAGAAAAUGAAGAAGAUGAAAUUAUUAUAUGUAAAGAAGAAACUACGUAUAUAAAUAAAAGUUUUAUAAAUAGAAUCAAUACUCAAGAAUAUAGAUCAAGUACUAAAAUUGAAGCAGUUUAUGAAGAAGUACAAAAUGUAAUAAAUAAUACAGAUGAUAAAUGUUUAAUUUUUUCACAAUAUUGUUCCAUGUUAGAUUUAAUAGAAUAUCAUUUAAAAAAACAUAAUAUUGUUUGUUCUAAAUUAUUAGGAUAUAUGUCUAUGAUUUCAAGAAAUAAUAUUUUAUACAAUUUUAAUCAAGAUAAACAAUUAAGAGUAUUAUUAAUAAGUUUAAAAGCAGGAGGUGAAGGUUUAAAUCUUCAAGUAGCAAAUCGAAUAUUUAUUGUAGACCCUUGGUGGAAUCCAGCAGCUGAACUACAAGCUAUUCAGAGAGCUCAUCGAAUUGGUCAAACCAAAACGGUAUAUGCUAUACGUUUUAUUAUAGAAAAUACUGUAGAAGAAAAAAUUAUUCAGCUGCAAAAUAAAAAGCAGUUGGUUUUUGACAGUACUAUUGGAGAUUCUGGAAACGCCAUGCAAAAAUUAUCAAAGGAGGAUUUGGCAUUCUUAUUCCACUCAUAA